CAGAAAUAAGUAAACAGGAUGCUAAGCGCUCUGUGUUUUGGAGUGAUGAUGAUGUCAUCAAUAGAAUGCUCUAUGGUGCAGCCAGAGCCCAAAGGGUAUGGCUCUAAGUUCUCUAUCAGUGUCCCCAGCAAUAUUACUGUUGAAGCUGGCUUGUGCGUAAAGGUCAGUUGUACAUUCACCUAUCCACCAUCUACCAUAACUGAACCGUACGAGAGAGUUUGGUUUAAGGGAGACCCCCCAAAUCCCUUCCCUGAGAUUGAAGUGAUUCGACUUAUAUACAUGUUAGAACCCUCUGAGAGGGAAUGUAGCUUCAUCCUGAAGGAUGCAAGGAAAGGUCGGACUGAUGGAGAAUACGGAUUCAUGCUGAAAUGGGGAAACAAUCAGCAUGUUUUCUCUGAAACAGUCCACAUAACAGUGACCGGUAUCUCAAGCAAACCAGACAUGGAUAUUCCUCCUCUGACAGAGAAUCAGUCUGAUACUCUAAGGUGUACAGCCCCUGGAUAUUGCUCUGGAACAACUCCAACAAUAAAGUGGAAGGGGAAAGCAGUAGAAAGUUUCCCAUAUGUAAUACGACAAGAUGUAAAGGAGACAUCUAAUGGGGCCUUUAUUCACGAAUCAGAAUUUAGUCUCAUUUUUGACUCCACUUACCAUAAUACUGUUCUGACAUGUAUGAUUGUGUACAUGGAUGAUAUCAUCACAGAGCAACAUGUGACCCUGAUCGUAAGAUAUGCUCCCAAGAUAGAGAAUGGUUCUAAAUGCAGCAUCUCUGAGCACCUCUCAACCUGUGUGUGUAUCAGUCAUGGGGUGCCCUUGCCAAUCAUCACAUGGCCACUAGGACUCACUUCUCAGGACUACAACAUGACCACAUCAGUGUCCGAUGACACUGUGACCAGCACCAUCACCACAUCAGCUGCACUCCUUAGGGGAAAUGACACUGUUAUGUGUCUCAGCAAGAAUGAGCUUGGCCAAGCAAGUAUGACGCUGACAGUUAACUUUACUAAAAGAGGAGAAGAAGAUCCAUUACAGGGACCUGGACACUGCAACCUUCCAUGGACACUGGCAAGCCUGUCAGUUACUUUAAAUGGGUUCCUGUUUUUGGGCCUUUUCCUCCUUGUAGUGGCAUGGAAGCGCAGCAAAGCUGUGACAGGAAAGGAAGAGAGCCAAACGUACUCUUCACUGGCCAAGAGAGAUGAGUCUGUCUACGACACCAUCAGCCAACGGCCUUAGGAGAUCAGUGAAGCUAGCGUAUUGGUUUAAUAGUGGACCUUAGGAGAUCAGUGA